AGCGGCGGUGGCGGCGCGGCGGCGACGAAGCAGAUGGUGCUGCAGCAGCUCGCCGAUCUGAGGCAGGGCCACCAGCACCACAUGAUGCUCCAGGGCAUGGGCCGCUCGCCGUCCGUCGGCGGAGGAGGGGACGGCGGCAUGCUCCUCCCGCUCACCCUCGGCAACGGCGGAUCGGGCGGCGAUGUGCAGGCCCUCCUGAAAGCAGCUGCCGCCAAUUCCGCCGGAGGGGACGCCGGCGUCUACGGCGGCUUCGCCGGAUCGCUCCAGCAGCAGCAACAUUUCCAGCCGCAUCCACAGCAGCAAACGGCACCCAUGCCGAGCCCGACCUUUGGCGCAGGAGGAGGUGCUCCCGGAGGCGGGGCGCAACCGCAAGCCGGGUCCGGUGGCGGCGCGCCGGCGCCGCCGAGGCAGCGGGUGCGCGCGAGGCGAGGCCAAGCCACCGACCCCCACAGCAUCGCGGAGCGACUCCGCCGGGAGAGGAUCGCCGAGAGGAUGAAGGCCCUGCAGGAGCUGGUGCCGAACGCUAACAAGGCGGACAAGGCGUCGAUGCUGGACGAGAUCAUCGACUACGUCAAGUUUCUGCAGCUCCAAGUCAAGGUGUUGAGCAUGAGCCGGCUAGGUGGCGCCGCUGCCGGGCGAGGAGGCGGCCCUGCGGCGGGGAGCGAGGGCCUGACGGUGACGGAGCAGCAGGUCGCCAAGCUGAUGGAGGACGACAUGGGCGCCGCCAUGCAGUACCUGCAGGGGAAGGGCCUCUGCCUCAUGCCCAUCUCCCUCGCCUCCGUCAUAUCCUCCGCCACGUGCCAGCUCCGCCCACCGGCCGCCGCCGCCGGGCCUCCCUUCACCGGCGCGCAGCACCAGCUCAACGCCGCCAUGCGCGGCAUGAACGGCGCCUCCGACGGGGCAGGGCACGUGCCGUCCUCGCCGAGCAUGUCCGUGCUCACGGCGCAGUCGGCGAUGGCCAACGGCGCGUGCACCGCCGACGGCAACCCCAAGGACGCCGCGUCCGUCUCCAAGCCGUGA